GGCGGCGCCACCACCUCCCGCCUGCUGCUGGAGCGCGGGCAGCCGCGGCGACAUCUUGUUCAGGAGGAAAGCGCGCGGGAGAGCGAGGCGCGCUUUAGCUGCUGCGCCACGCGCACCUCGGGCCUGGGCGCAGAGGAUCGGCCGGGCGUGGCGGGAAGGAGGCUGCGGGCAGCGCGGAGCGGCUGGCGCUUGAGACGGCGGACGGCACCAUGUCCCCGGGGAGCGGGGUGAAGAGCGAGUACAUGAAGCGCUACCAGGAGCCGCGCUGGGACGAGUACGGGCCGUGCUACCGCGAGCUGCUGCACUACCGCCUGGGCCGCCGGCUGCUGGAGCAGGCGCACGCGCCCUGGCUCUGGGACGACUGGGGCCCGGCCGGCUCCUCGGAGGACUCGGCGUCGUCAGAGUCGUCGGGCGCCGGGGGCCCAGCACCCCGGUGCGCCCCGCCCUCGCCCCCGCCGCCGGUAGAGCCGACUGCCCAGGAGGAAGCGGAACGGCGGGCGCGCGGGGCCCCAGAGGAGCAGGGCGCGGAGGCCGGGGACGCGGAGGCCGAGGACACGGAGGACGCGGCUCUGCCAGCACUGCCAGUGAAAGAUGUAGAAGAUAAAUCUGAACAACAAACCAGAACAAGAGAAACUGACAAAUCACCCACCAGUACUGAGCCUCGACAGCAACCAAGUGCCUUAUUUGCUAGAGGAAACAGGAAAGCGGUCAAAAGUCCCCAAAGAUCAUCGAGUAAAAUAAAAGAAAACAAGCAUCCAUUUGCUCUUUAUGGCUGGGGAGAAAAACAGACGGAUACAGGAAGCCAGAAGACUCACAACGUCUGCGCAUCCGCUCCUGUGCACGAGAUUCAUGAAUCAGCAUUACGAGCCAAGAACAGAAGACAGGUAGAGAAAAGGAAACUGGUUGCUCAAAGACAGCGUGCUCACUCUGUGGAUGUGGAGAAGAACAGAAAGGUGAAGGCUUCCUCCUCAGAGAACCCGUGGAUGACAGAAUACAUGAGGUGCUAUUCGGCAAGAGCUUAAAGAAACACUUGCGUGGACAGCCUCUUUUAAAAAGUGUAAAUGACUGAAAGGAAAAACAAAACAAAAACCAUCAAAAGAAACUGGACACAGGUUUAAGAAACCAACUGAUUAUGCAAGGUUUUUUUAGGGAAUUUGUAAAAGAUUGUUUUAUUUUGAUGAAUAUUGGUCACCUACCUCGGCAGUAGGGCAGACAGUUGAAGCCAUAGACAUUUGGUUAUUUAUGAAGAUAAUUCCCUAAAUCUUUGAUAUUCUUAUAAGGGUUUUAUUUUAAAGCAUCUUAAUCUUUUAAGAUACUGACACCAAAUGCCUUUAAAUGGCGACAGAUGCUUACACUUCAGUAUUCUUUUCAUAAGUUUAGGUAGAGCCUAUUUUCAUCUUGUUCUAAAUAACUUUCCAGAUUCCAUAGCUGUAAGAUCAUUCCAUCUUACAGCAUAAGACUCGUUUUCCUUAUUUGCCGUUUUGUUUGUGAAAGAAUAUCAAGUCAAAAAUGAGUGUCAUCACUACUAUUGAUUCCAUGUAUAAUGAAACUAGAACUUUGCUAGUUCCUGAAAAAUUUUAACUUAUUUGUAUUUCAGUUCAGCAGCAUCUUUGUUAGACUGUGAUAUUUAAGAAUUAUGUGGGCUGGGCGAGGGUCUCUUUUUCAGUGAUCAUCUAGGCAGUUAUUAUUUAAUAGUUUAAUAGCUCAAAUACAUUCCAAUAGACAAAGUGCACACAACACAGUUAUGUGUGUAGAGUAGUAGUAAGUUUCUUUUGAGUAGUCAAAGACUCACUUUUUUAUUGCAAGUUUUUGUUUUUGUUUUUUUUAGAACACAUACUGUGGAUUCAGUCCUUUGUCACACUUGACCUUUUGGCAUACACCCACUGUGGACUUUUGCCUCUUCUGUAAUGGCUGGCAAUGACAUUUCGAACUUACAAUCUGGAAUUGCAUUUGGUACACUGGCAUUGCUUGUUCCACUGGGAUGGGGACCAGUGUUAAGAUGCCUGUUAGACAGACUGCCCACCUCUACUUUCUCUACUUUUUCUUUACAGCACUUAACAAUAACAAAGUCUUGAUGAUGUACGAUGUACAGUAUUCAAACUUUAGGUUGAAAUACAUUACUCUUUGAUUCCUAGCCAGUAGAUCUUAUCUACACUUCAAUGGGAGAGAAUGGUGGUGUGUGGAUAGGCAGAAAUUUAUGUAAAUAGUGCUCCUUCUCUUUAGUGUGUUUACUUUGGGGGUAGAAAAUGUUUUAACAAACACUGGUUUCCAUCAAAUGAAUAUCUUCUCCAUCCUGUGGAGACAAUCUGCUAGAAGGACGUGUGCUAAGUUUCUUAUAAGAGAUAAGAAAGGUGCUUUGCCUGUGCCAGCUUGGCACCGAAGAUGUGUGAGUGGACGUGAGGCUGAGCAUUACCUUGGUAUUUUUCUCUGGGUCUUUGGAAGACCAUAGUCAGUUUUUAGUACAGAUCGCUUUCAUUCCCCAUAAAAUCUUCACACGUGAUCAUAACUGUUUAAGCUUUGAAAACACAUACUGAAGUUUUGUGAGCUUAAAAAACCUUUUAAAAUAUUUGUGUAGUUUGGAGGUGAAUUUGUUUCCUUAGAGAUCUUUCCUAAUCAUUGAGAUGCAUAUUUCAAACGAGGAAAUUUUACAUGUUGUCCAAAACAGCCUUGCUAGUAACUGGUGAAUUUUGGUAUUAACUAUUAUUAAAGUCUUUAAACGACACAGGUACCUAAAGAUCACCUUCAUGUGGCAAUUUGUGAUGGUGUAGCUAGCUGAUUGUGAAAACUGUUCCUUUAAAGUCGCUUCUUGCAUGUUCGGUGUUAGCCAUCCAGCUCAGGCUUGUGUUGCAGCUGACAAUCUAGGAAAGACGGCCUUAGAGAGUGGUUCAGACCCCACACUGACGGAUUGCCUUAGAAACCCAACUUCCUCUAGACUUUGAACAGCCAGACUUUUCUCUUGUUUAGAAAACAAAGUUGUAUUUAAUGUACUUACUACUUAAAACUCCAGACAGAGAGAAAACAUAGAAGGCAAUUAUGGGCAAAUUUUUUCCUCUUUUUAAGUGGAAGACAAAUGAAUGGGAUUUUUAAAGUACUUUUAAAGUGCAUGAAUAGUGAAUAAAUCAGUAUGAAUUGUAAGCCUUCAUCUUACGUCCAAGUCCUUAGUUGGUUAGGGCUUCUUUUCUUUCUUUCUUAAAGAGUGGCAAUUACCUUUUGAAGCUGUGCAGAUUUUAUAGUUGUUACAAUUUGAUGAUCCUACUUUUUUCUUUUUAUUCUAGAAAUGAAUGUGGUUGUAAUCAUGUUCCUAAUUCUUGGGACAACCUGCAAGACAGUGAGAUAGUUUAAAAACUACCUUUCAUGUUGAAAAAGCCUGAAACCGAGAAUCCAAUGAUACUUAAAAAUAAAUGCUACAUAAAACUCUUCAAAAAUUUUGAUUUUAAGUUCUUAAUUAAAACAAUGUCAUAAAUAUGUUUUUUGUUUUUUAUGUUACCAAUUUUAAUAUAAGAUAAAAGUAACAGAAUAUUGAAGCAAUAUUGUCUAGCACUCUGCUGGACAUUAAGUCUGCGGGUGAGAAGUGAAUGGAAUCGAUUCUUUGUCUUUUAACUGCCCUUAUUUAGGAGCUGUUAAAAUACUUGGCACCUCUGGUUAUAUGUAUGUUCUCCCCCCUAAAAUUUCUAAGCACAUGAUUCAUUUUAAAAAUGAAUAGAUGUAUAAUAGGCUAUAGAUGAUCUUGCAUAUUAUGUAGGAGGCACAUAUUUAUACCAUUUCAUAUGUAGUAUCUUUGUCAUUGUGUUCCAUCAAAGAACACAAAUGCUAGCAACUUGAAGGGUAUUAUACUUAGGUCACUUGAACUCAGCUGACUGAAUUGUAAGAAAGAGAGCAAGCAACAUGGCUGUUAUUGGAAGCCAUAACUUCCAGAAGAGAAUUCUGCACAAUUUGUACGUUAAGAAAAAUCUGUAGGGUCUUCCACUAUCCUUUUUUAGGUUGAUAAUGCUGUACUGGGCACAGAUUUUGUAAUUUAUGUUACAAAGUCUGUUGUAUGUUAUGGUACCGUCACCUCUCAGUAUCCAUGGGGCAUUGGUUCCAGGCCUCCCUUAGGAUGCCAAACUCCACGGAUACUCAAGCCCCUUCUAUAAAAUGGUGUAGAAUUUGCAUAUAACCUAGACACAUCCUCCUGUAUACUUUAAAUCAUCUCUAGAUUACUUAAAAUACCUAAUACAAUGUAAAUGCUAUGUAAAUAGUUGUUAUACUGUAUUGUUUAGGGAAUAAUGACAAGGAAAAAAAAGCCUGUACAUGUUCAGCACAAAUGAAACCAUCCUUUUUUCCCUCAAAUAUUUUCAGUUUGUAUUUGGUUGAAUCCAUGGAUGCAGAACUCACGGAUACAGAGGGUCAACUGUACUUUCUUUAAAAUGUUCAAAAGUAUUACCAGCAAAGAGGAGGGGGAGCAAAGCCCAUAUCAGAAUUAAAACAAUUUUUCUUGUUGACUACUUUGGUAAAAAACAGUUUGAUGCAUAGUUUUACAUUUCACUGGACUAGAUAAAAAAUGGUGCUAAUAUUUAUGUAGCUUGAUGCUGUAGUUGCUUUGGUAUCAAACUUAAUACCUGAUCCAUAUAAGGCCCUUACUAUAUAAUUUUGUGAUCAGUUAAAUGAUAUUUUAAAGAGUGAUCUUCAAAAUAUGACCUGGUCAUUUCACAAUGUUUGCAUUUGAAAUGAAUUUUUGUACUACAGGGUGGAUAUGGAGUUAUUCAGUGCAAGUGUGUGCUUAAUACCAAACCCUAUGCAAGGAGUUAUGUCUAGAUUUUUGGUCCAAAUUUGCCUCCUUCAAGCCUGCUAGUGUGAGAUGGAAACAAAUCGAUUGCUCUUUUAAUAUUAUUUCCAUUUUGAAAUUCUGGACACUUGAAUGAAGACAGUAGAGGCCUCAUUUUGGAUUUCUCUUAUAAUAACAAAACUUUAUUUAGGGAAGGUUUCCCUGUGCUAUUGUAAGUUUGUUUUGAGCACUGCAUUCACUUUAAAAAUCUGGAGGAACAAAGGCUGGGCACAUAUAAUCACAAAGCCCAGGCCACACAGUAAUUCGGGGUUGUAUUUUCUAAGAACUAUGUAUUGUUUUUAGCUUAUAGUUAAUAUUGUAUUUACUUGGAAAAAUGUGAAUAAAGUUAAUUAACAUUACAGGCUG